AUGUUCCGAUCAUUUUUAACAUCUAGCCUCCGCGUUUCGUCUAACUUCAACAGGAGCAAUCCUAUCAGAUGCUUUUCGGACGCCGUUUCAUCAGGCACAGUCAAAUGGUUCGAUUCCAAAAAGGGAUUUGGAUUCAUCGUUCCCGAUGAUGGAUCCGAAGAUGUCUUCGUCCAUCAAACCGCGGUUCACGCAGAAGGAUUCCGAUCAUUGGGGGAUGGUGAACCAGUUGAAUUUUCUGUUGUGGUUGAUAACAACGGACGAAGCAAAGCAGAGAAUGUAACAGGACCCAUGGGAGCAUUCGUGCAAGGCGCUCCCAGAAGCCCCCGAUUCACAAACGAUGAUGGCAGCUUUGGAGGAAAUGAUUUCGGUGGAAACGACUUUGGCAACCGCUAA